GUACUUAACUUCUAUUAUAUAAUUACUUGUACGGGAUUAUAUACAUAAAACGUUUUGUUGUACGACCAAAGCGAAUCAAAAUGUCGCAUUGGAAAUUUACAUCUAUUGGUGUAUGUUAUUUUUCAUGUUAAUAUUAAAAUGGAUACACCAGACCUGCAAAAGUUAGAAGAAGGCAUUGUAACAGAAAACUCAGUAGUUGAUGACUUAGUUUCAGACAAUGUAUUAAACCUACAAGAUACUUUUAUAAGAAACAGCUUUUUAGCGAUAUCUGAAACAAAGUUGCUUAAUAACCAAUACUUGCAUGAUAAGAUAGCUAUUAAUAUCAAAAGGAAAAAACCUUCAAAAUAUCAAGAAGUUUUUGAGUCUACUGAAAAUAAAAAUCAAGAUAAGAAUGAGAUUUUGGAAUUGAGCACAUCGACGAACUUAGUUCCUCUUGUGUCAACAAUUAUAUCAGAAAACAACAAUGAUAAAGAUGAAAAUAAGCCUUUUAAUUUAUGUACUUUAACAGAUACUUUGCAAACUUCUGUUAGAGAAGAGACAGUUGAUUUUGAAGAUUCAAUUGUAUGCCAAUUUGAUGUUUCCAAAGAAUCUGCAGGCAAUUUAUUAAAUGAACAAAUUAACUUGUUAGACGACAACUUUUCAGCAAUUCCAAAAACAAUUACACUUAGUAACAAAUAUUUGCAUGACAAGAUAGCUUCCAACAUCAAAAGAAGGAGGCCUUUACAGGGAAUUCAAGGAAAGUUAGCAUCUAGUGAAAAUGAAAGUCACUAUGAGGCUGACUUUUCUUUACCAACAAUGGUAUUAGCUCCUGUUAUAUCAAUAAAUAUUUCAGAUAGUAACUUAUCAGAAGUUAAGGAGUCUUUAACAAAUACUUCAAUAAAAACCAACUUGGAAUCCUCAAUUUUUAGUCUGCCUAAUACAGAAGUAGAUACAUCAUUUGUAAAUUUUAGUUCUGAAAAGUUUGAUUUCGAACAGAUAAAUGUUGAAGAACACCAUCUUGGUAGUCAAAUUAACUCACAUGAAAAUUUAUCAAAUGCACAUGACAAAUUGUCAAAAAGUAAUAGUUUUAUUACAGAAAGAUCAUUGCCUACAAGAGAUUUGGAAAAAAAUCUGAAUGACAAGGAUGCCGAUGUUUUGGGUCUAUCUAUGCAUGCUAUUUCAAUGCCAAAUCUUCGUGAAUCUCUUGAAAUUCAUGACAACGUUAAGUCACCAAAACAUGGUUUCUUUAAAGUUUUCAAAAAGAACAAGAAAGCUCAAAAAUUAUCUAUGUCAACAGAUCAGUUAUCAACAGAUCCUUUACAAAAUAGUAAUGUAAGAUUGUCAUCUGUGGACAUUGAUAUAAAUGGAUCACCAAAGAUUAACGAAAUAGAAAAUGAUGUUAAUAAUGAAGUGGCUGUUUACUGGGAUGUUCAACAGGUGGGAUUGUUUUUGACUGAGAUUGGUCUAUCACAAUAUGUUAGCAAUUUUCAAAGUCACAAUGUUAAUGGUCGUGUUUUUCUUUCUACUAAAGAAAGUUAUUUAAAAAAAAUCGAAAAGUGGACACUUCUGUAGUUGAUGACGCAUAACCUCUAUAACAGCAAGGUACAUAACAAUUUCGAAGUACAUAACAAUUUCAAGGUACAUAGCAAUUUCGAAAAUAACUUUUUGUAUAUAAUUAUGUUGUGCUUUUUAAUACCAUUAACCUUGCAUUAAAUUUCCAGUUAAUUAAAAUGAAAAUUUUUUAGUUGUAAAAAAUGUGUGUAAAAAAUAGUUGCUGUGUAAAAAACGGUACAAAACACAGUUGCUUAAAAUUUGUAUUAAGAUCGCUGUUGAGUAUAACCAUCGCAUUCAUUACCAUGUAAAUCUAUACAGCCAUAUACGUUCGGCUCCAACCAAAAGAUAAACUAUCUUGCUGUCAAGGCCUCCAUUUCUAGAAUGUCAAGGUCGUAAUAAAUGAAGAUUUAAAUUUUUUGUCUUUUAUAGUUCUUCUAAAAGUUAAAUAAAUUUUGUAUCCGUUUCUAAUAUCUGGUGGAAUAUUUGUUAUCUAAUUCUGAAAAAGUAUUACUUUUGUUAAUGUAGGAACUUGGUGUUAUAAAUAAAGAACACCGUCAUCAAAUUUU